AAGAGCUUAUUCAACAAAAAGUACCCUUAUAUAAGAAUGAACUCGUCCAAUGGUUAUGAUAAUUGGUCUGGCGCGAAAAACACGAAGAGGAAGCGAAAGCGAAGACGCCAGAAGCUUGCAGUGGGAAAAGUACCAAUCAACUGUUACCAUGGCAACUGCUAUGACUGAUGCCCACCGCAUGUUCCUCCAGUCCAUUAUGACCCACGGGGCGCUGAAGGCACGCGAGGUCAAGGCACUGUACAAGAAGUGUUGUGAGACCUUCCGCAGACCUUUGGAACAUGACAAUCUGGGAAAGUUUGUGAACGAAAUCAACCACCAUGUGGGCCCCUUCUCCAUGAUGAUACAGAAGGGUGUGUCAGAAGAGGAUGGGGUGCAGUAUUAUGCACUGGUGAACAUGAUGGAGAGUGACAUCACCCGUCUGGCCUCAGACUACACGGAGACAGAACUGGAGUUCUUCAAGAAGGUGCUGGAUCUGAUAGUUGACUCGGACACAGGCGUGGCCUCUUCAACAGACGUCCUGAACCUGACAGACCAGCUGUACGAGGAACAGAACAGGAAGAUGAGGAAGAAGGAGGCAGAGGAUGUCAUCAGGAGGAUGGUCCGAGACAGGUGGCUGAACGAGCACCAAGGUGAGAUCUCUCUGAGUGUGCGAGGUAUCCUGGAGCUGAAGCCUUACCUGACAGAUCACUACAAGGAGGACAUCAGGCAGUGCUGUCUGUGUGAGCAGAUAGCUCUUAAGGGCCAACUCUGCCAGUCUGACACCUGUGAGGCUAAGAUGCACUACUUCUGUGCCAACCGGUACUUCCGAGACAAGGACCAGCCCCGCUGCCCGCGCUGUAAGGCAGAGUGGGACCACAUGGUCAUCAGCCAAGGUGCAAAUGGCCACUCUCAGACUGAGGAGACACCGGCCUCUCAGACACAGGGACGGAAGCGUAAGGUGCCAUCGCGCCAUUGAUGCAGUCCAAGUUGUAUCAAGCACAUGUAUCUACUACUGUGACAUACCUUGAAAACAACAGUCAUACAGUUGACUGAAGUGACUGUUGCCAUGGGACGGUCAGGUUUGCUGCUUUGCUGUGCUGUAAACACUGGCUUUGUGCCCUAACUUCGAACAUUCCUGCAUUGAGAAUGCCUAUGACUAUCACAUGGUUCUAAGAGAAGACCUAUGUUGUUGGUUUUUUAUUAUAAGGUAGUUAUUAAGUUAGUUGAAGUAGUAUGAUAGUGGGUUAUUUAUUUGUUUGUUCAUUUUAGGAACACUUGUCAGAAUGUUAUUGAACUGAUAAAAAUAUGUUGCAAUCUACAGUAGCAGGAUGUCUAAAGAAACUCAAUAUUGCAAUCCAUAUCCAAUAAAAAGAAGAAAGUUGAGAUGCAGAUGUUCCU